CUGUUCGGCUGCACGCACCGUCGCCGCCGGCCGCCGGCCACCGCAGCCCCCAUCCGGCGCUUUAACAGGCCGUGUGAUGGGAAACAUGACCCGGUCGGACUCCCCCGUCUCCCGCCGUGUCGUCCUCUCCUUCCUCGACUUCCUCAACUCCGUCGAGUUAGCUCCUGGGGCUGAUCCUGAAGCUCUUGAAGUUGCCAAGGAUUGCCUGGAGUCCAUAUUUAGUGUCAACUCAUCGUCAACUCGCGAGGGCGUGCAGCCAGGACUGUUACUUGAACUCUUUACUUCUCUGCAAGCUCAUGAACAAGAUAGGUCAAGACCAGAUCCAGUGUCACAGCCAGUGCCAAACAGACCAGCAUGCAGUGCAAGUCCUUCCAGUAUGCAAGAAGACUCAAAUAAAUGUACAACAUCAAAUAGUGAAGACCAAGCUGAAGACACCUUUGACCUAGAUCAUUUAGGAGAUGAGCUGUUUGUGAAAUUCUAUGCCGCGCUUGAUGAAAUUAAUUUCUUCAAGACAUCAUCCGCUGGUACUGAGGAUCCUGGUCAACUUUCAAAAGCAUCACAAUUCUUCGAUGAUGCAUUACUGGAGGUGCGCAACUCGGGAAGAAAAACAGCAAGCUUAGUAGACCUGGCGGAGUUCUUUAAAUCGAAAGGAAACGACUUCAUGAGGUCAAAACAACACCUAAAAGCUGUAGAGCUGUACACGGGUGCCAUUGCAUUGAGCAAGAAAAAUGCCAUUUACUAUUGUAACAGGUAUGUACAAGUUACUGAAACACACAACACUUAAAUGGUGAAAUCUUGU